AAAAAGCGUGAUGAUCCGAACGCGCUCGUGGAGUUGGUGGCGGCAUCUGGCGGAUGGUGGCGCCGGUGAUUGAAUCUGUCGCCCGUCGGGUCGUUUCAUCAGUGCAAUCAUGUCUAAUAACUAAUCUACUCGAAACAAAGCGACCGCUCCCGUCUACGCCCCCGACGACGAGCGCCACAAGGACCCAAGUUGCUUCAUUGGCCCAUUUAAACACGAUUCCAUCUAUCGCAGUAAAUUAUGGCAGCUCCCGACACUACACCCGCCCCCGUGUCACAAGAGGACUUCGAAGAAGUCAAGAAGCGACUGAAGAUGAUAUUCGAUGCAGACCCUGAGCAGUUCCACAAUGACUACUCCAUCAAGAGGUUCCUGAGGGCCUUCCACACUGUGGACAACACCUUCCAGGCAAUCCUCAAGUGCAACAAGUGGAGGGUCGAAUACGGCGUCAAAUCCAUCAGCAAAGACGAUCCGGACAUCAAGAGGAACAUCGAGUGCAAGAAAGCCAUGGUGCUUCCAAACAGAGACUUCUAUGGGCGGCCCGUCAUCUACAUCCCGGCCUGCAAACACAAUGUCCAGGAACGAGAAAUCAACGAGCUCACCAGGUUCAUCGUCUACAUUCUCGAGGAGGCGUGCAAGAAGUGCUUUGAGGAGGUGGUCGACAACCUGUGCAUCAUCUUUGACCUGAAGGACUUUGGCCUCAACAGCAUGGACUACCCGCUCAUCAAGAACCUCAUCUGGCUGCUGAGCAAGCACUACCCUGAGCGACUGGGAAUUUGCCUCGUGCUCAACGCCCCCACUAUCUUCUCGGGCUGCUGGGGCGUCAUCAGGGGCUGGCUGAACGAAGUGACUGCACGGAAAGUGGUGUUCAUCGGCAGCCAAGACGACCUUGUCAAGUUUGUCCACCCCGACAUACUUCCGAACCUUUAAGAAUUGGGUAAACUGUAGGAGUUGCAAAGUGAUCCGGACAACACAGUCAGCCACACGAGCGGAGCCAUCCCUUUUUCGCCACAAUCAACGUCGCACAAGGCAGCAACGGCAGCUCGAGUCUCGACGGUCGACUUCUCGACGCCUCGCAAGAUCUCGGAGUCGUCUUUCCGACCGUGUGCAACUUUCUUCGACGAGAUCCCGCCGAAAACCAUCUCGCCUCAAUUUUUUUUUACUUUUUCUCGUAACGAAAGAGAUGCUUGCGACAUGUUUCGACAGUCUGAGGAACGAACGCGUGUGCAGUUGUCACCCAUUGGAAGAUUGUGAAGCAUGAAACAACGCCACACUUUUGUUUUUAUUACACUUUCCGUAGUUCGGAAAUCAGAAUCUACUUACAGGCAUGUCGCGUCACACAUUGUUAGUUUCCCGUUUUCUUUUCUUUUGUACUUCAAAGACGGUAGCUGGCACGCACACGCACUCCGAUCCGGAGGGUGGCAUUUAGCGUGCGGUUUAUGCAUAAGUGACUGCCCGCUUUCUGUACGUGCUGAACAAGAAAAAAAAAACACUAGAUCAAACACGACAGAUUAACAGAAGAAAAGAAAGAUUAAAAUAUAUUGGACCACCUGCAA